ACGGUCUCUCUCUUUCUCUCUCUCUCUCUCUCAUGGAGAAGAGGCUUCGCUCAUCUCUCGAGAGCUCAGCCGAAGAGUUCCUUGCCUCUGUUACGAAACUAGGGUUUAAGUCUGCAAAAUGCUCUCUCAAAACCCUAAUUUCGACUACAAAUCCAUCCUCGGAACUCUCUUCUUCUCUCUCCAUCGCUGUGCACAACUUCGUUUCGCGUUCGGUCCAAUCCUUCCGGAAGCUUCUUGAUCCAAAAGCCCAUGGACGCACCCUCUCCCCCCCCUCGCCACCCUCAAAGCGUCUUCGAAGAUCUUCGAGGCACUCGAAGACUAGAGUCGAAUCGGAUGCUGAGAAUCAUGAAUCAAAGGCCAAUCAAGAUAAGCAGCGUGUGCUCCAAGAUCUGCAGGUUCUCGCUUACAUUGCUAACCUGUGUGUUGCGCAUCCCAAAAAUCUGUUCUCGCCUUCGGAUUUGUUACCUGCUGUUCAAGCAUUGCACAAUAAUCUGAUUUUAUUCGACUCCGAUUCCGUUUUGUCAUCGGAGAUUGCGAACUUAUGUGAGGAGUGGUGGAAGAAAGAGCUGCCAGGCAGAGAAACCCUAAUUUCGCAAUCGCUUCCUUUUUUGCUUUCGAGGUCGCUGACAUUGCGUAAGAAGGUUGACGUGCACAGAGUGUACACGCUUCGCGAGGCAUUUGUAUUGUUUGAUUUUGAGGAUGAGAGUAUUGAGGAUUUGAAGCUUUUGCUUAUCCGUUGUCUGAUCACACCGCUGUAUUUGAAGACUGAGGACGGGAGGCGGUUUCUGGCAUUUAUGUUCGGGCUCAGCGGGCAGCUUCUGAAGGAAGCAUUGGCAAUGAUUCGGUCACAGAUUCCAUUUGGGAGGAAGUCGAUGUUGGAGGCAUACGCAGACAUAGUUUUCCGGGCAUGGAAGGUAGCAGAAGGAGCCGUCCGAGAUGAAAUUGAGAAUGGGUUUUUGCAGGAUAUGAUUGAAGGUGCAAUUCAUUCAAGUUCGGAUUCUCUGGCUGCCUUUAUCAGGAGGGUACUGGGUGGAUUCAUCAACAAGAGAACGACUGAUGGUGUUGAGCAACUUCUUUUUCGAGUAGCUGAACCAGUUAUAUUCCGGUCACUGCAGGUUGCAAGCUCAAACGUUCGUCUAAAUGCAUUGCAUUUGCUUUUAGACCUGUUCCCCUUUGAAGACCCUGAUGCCACAAAAGAGGUCAAAGAUUCAUUGCUUGACAAACAGUUCUUCUUGUUGGAGAGAUUGCUUAUGGAUGACUGUCCAGAUGUAAGAGUUGUUGCAGUGGAAGGUUCUUGUCGCAUCCUUCAUUUAUUUUGGGAAAUCAUUCCAUCUUCAUCCAUUACAAAGAUGCUUACUAAAAUAUUUGAUGACAUGUCACAUGAUAUAUGCAAUGAGGUUAGGCUUUCCACAUUGAAUGGCAUUAUAUACCUGCUAGGCAAUCCCCUGUCACAUGAAAUCCUUAAGGUGCUUCUACCAAGAUUGGGGCAUUUGAUAUUAGAUUCUAUUAUUUCCAUACGAGUUGCUGUGGCAGAUCUCCUCCUCCUUUUGAGAGACAUUCGAUCUUUCCAGUUCCAUAAGGUUGUGGGUUUGGAUGCAUUAUUGCACACACUUGCAAGUGAUCAACCACCUGUGGUGCAGAAGAUCACAAGACUUCUUAUACCAUCGUACUUUCCCUCAAAAGUAGCCAUAGAAGAAGCAUGUGAUCGGUGCAUCACACUUAUAAAAAGGUCUCCUAUGGCUGGUGCAAAGUUCUGUGAAUUUGCUUCAUCAGAAGGAGCAUCAUUGAAAUCUCUCAUGGAACUUGUCAGAGUUCUCAUAAAUUUGGUUCUGUCACAUAAUAAACUGGACGCAGAUCAGAUUAAGGGCUUACUUGUUGCUGCUUCCUACCUUUGCGACAGCCUAGUAAGCGAGGCAAUAUAUAAGGCAGCUCUCAAUGAGUUGUUUCCAGUGGGAAAACUGAAGUGCUUGUUGGCUGCUGCAGCCCCUGCAGAUGCUCAAUCUUCUGUAUUGAACAUAGUUUUCAAAAUCUCCCCAGAUGAUGGAGGUGGGCUUGUUGAUGUGUGCAUGGGUCUGGUCACAAAUUGUGGCUCUUUAUUUGAGGAUGUUGAAAAGCAAGCGAAAAUAAGAUCUGCCCAUAAGUUGGUGCUAUCUUGUGGCUUGUUUGAUAGCAUGUUUGAAGCUUUAACCAGGCUUCUGCAAAAAACUUCUUUUGGUUGCCAUGUCAAAUUUGGCGUGGAAAUACCAAAGCAGAAUACUCCCCCUGCAAAAUUGAAGAAAACUAGCAAGUCAUCUCUCAAAUUUUCAGCAAAGUGGAAACAUUACAGCGGGAAAAAGUCAUCAAAGGUAGCCAUUUCCAAUUUUGAGGAGGACUAUUCCAUUGCAGUAGGAAUAGCGUGGCAAAUUAAAGAAUUGCUCAUAUCUGAAAAUUCUCGGAAAGCUAUGUUGUGCUCUCAAAUUUUAGGACCUGCAUUCUAUGCUUUAAAGGCCAUUGUUGAGGCCAGCAUUGUGCAAUGUAUUAGUUGUGAUUAUAUGGAUAUAUAUCCAGUGUUGGCAUAUAUGGCUCUUGCUCUGCAGAUCACUGUUCAAAGUGUCAGCAUGGAGGGUGCAGACAUUUUGGGUGCUAAGAAGAAUGAUGGGCUUGAAUCUGCACGAUCAUCUAUGGAGGGUACAGUAUUGGACCAGACACUGGAUCAUCUACUCGACUGUACAGACAAACUAGUUCAAGCAAGUGACUCUGUUAACUUCGGCAACUUGCACUCAAAACUUAAGCAAGAUAGCAACAAAGUAGCUCAUCAUUCAAAACAAAAGCACAAAGAAUCUCAAACAGAUGACUGUAGCCCAAUUGAUGGACCUGAUGGGGGUCCCAUUUCUACUACACAAAAAGGAAUAAUAAAUGCACUGAAGAUGCUCACUGCAGUGCUCAAGUUCAUUGUUGAUGCUGCUUCUGUGGGUCUUAUUUUGCACAAGCAAGAAAAGUGCUUUAUGUUCACGUCAGCAUAUAUGCAAUAUAUUGCAUCAGCAUUUGGGCAACAUUUCCUUGGUGAGCUGCAGAACAAGGAGGAUAUGGAAGAAACAUUUCUGUGUCUGAAGAGCUCCUUCACUUAUGCAGCCAAGUUUCUCAAUCUAGUCCUCACAAGUGCCUGCGAAGCUUUGCCACCUGCAUUACACGCUUACAAUCUUGCCAACAAUCUCCUUGACCUAAUUACAUUUAUUGAAUUGUACUUGGGCUCUGGGUACGUAGCACGCAUUGUUGCUGCAGCGAAGCCAUGGCUUCCCGAUAUAGUGUUGGCAUUAGGAGCUGCACAUAUACUGAAACAGGUUCCAGAAGAAAGUGCAUGCUUCACAGCAACUGAUUGCAGUGAGCUCCAUUUACCAUUGUGGCCCUCAGUUUUGGCAAAUAUAGAGAUCUGUGAACUAAUUGGAGCAAGCCAGGAUGAGCAUGAGAGAGCUUUUAAGUCAAAGGGGUUUUCCACAUUCAAGAAAUUCAUAGGGAGGAUAUUGCAACUAUUGAGAGGAAAUAUGAAUGUAUUAGAUGCAGUUGGCAUGAUUUUAUUGAAUCUUUUAGCAGUUGGGCUGGAGAAAAAGGAAUUUGGGUUGGUGUUGGGACUUGCUCAUUUUGUCUGUGUGAAGUUAGUCAGGAAUGAGCUUGGAGAGUGGGGAGAACUUAAUAUGAUGCUAGCUUUUCUGCAAAGCAUCUACCCUAAAAUAGAAAGAGAAACUGAGGACCUCAGCAAGGAUGAUGAUGAAAGGCAGAAGUUAUUGAGUUCUAAGGCAUUGCUUGAACCUGUUUGGAUGUCUUAUAUCUAUAAAACAGGGAUGAAUCCUGUAAUGGAAGAAUAGAUGAGGCCUUUGUUACCUUACUACAAGAUAGCAAAGGUUAAUUUAGACAAAUGAUAGUGUAGUAUGGUACAUAAAUUAGAGUUUAGUAUGCUUCUGUAAUGGUUAUUCCAUGUAAGAGCACAAUGGAAUAAAGAACAAAAUGUUCACAUGUCAAA